GGAAGCUUCCGGAUCUACUCUGCUCUUCCCUCUGCUGUCCGUCGGCUGCUCUUGUUUGUGGGGGCGAAUUGCUUCGAUUUUUGGUAAGAAAUAUCCAUGAAUCUGCCUUCUCUAGCUUUGAAUUGCCUUGGGGUUACUUUAAUUCCCUUUUUUUUCUCCAAUUUUGGGUAAACGUGAGUCCCUGCAGAAUUUUCCUUCCAUGCCGCCGGCUCUUCCCCAAAUUGCAGCUCCAGCCUUGCUUGCUGGAUUCUGGUAUGUGGCAGCCUGUAAUUGCACCAAACCAGAAGUCCUUCUUCAGUCCGCGCUUCCACUUCAAGAUGACCUGCAAAGCCCUGAGGUGGAACUCGGGGUAGACACUCCAAUGCUUAAGUCAGCAAUAAUCGGGGCCUUUGUGAGGUAUCCACGUGGCUUGCUUAGCAGGACAAUCAGAGCCUGACGUGUUUAUCCAGACGAUUAUUUCGGAACCGAGAAUUUGAGAGAUUUUCUGUUUUCUGGGUUUGAUUAUAAGAUGGAAUUUGGUUUUUUUGGCCAAGCAAAUAGAUUUUGUUGGUUUAAUUUGUUAGUUCUGUGAAUUUAAUUUGUUUGUAACUUUUUGCAUUAUCUUUGUGAGUUUGGGAUUUGUUUGUUGGGUUAGAUCUUAAGAUGGGUUGUGUGUUUUUUGACCAUACAUAUUGGAUUUAUGGUUUUUGUUAGUUUUGUCAAUUUUGUCUAUGAUUUUUGGCUUCAUUUAUAUAAAUUUUUUUUUUUCAC